GGCUGUGGACGUGUAUGAAUCCCACUUCAGGCUUUCAGUUCACACAUGCUAUUUUGUAAACAUACCUCAAAAGCCACAAAGUAUGUUCUUGUUCCUAUAAUGGGGACCAGAUAGGCUGUGCUUUUUUUUCCCUCGGCAAUUACAUUUUUCCAGUGUGUGUGUGGGAGGGAGGUGCCUGAAUGGAGUCCUUGAACGCGACACAGUGAGGCGUUGGGAGUGUGGGCCGUGUAGUGGUGGAGCGGUGCUCGGAGUCUUGGUGCGGUGGUGCUCGGAGUCUCGGUGCUGCAGCACUGGGGUCGAAACUGUUUCAGAUCCACAACGUGUCCAUCCGUCAGCAGGUUGUGUGUUCUUUUCUGGAACAGUGUGUGGACCUGAGCUGAGGAUGGUGUUUUCACAGACAUGUUUCUCCUAAUGCUUCUCUGCUGGCUCCCACAGGCCGUCUCACGUAAAAGUGUCCCUCCUGCUCCAGUGAGGGUGGUUAUGAAUUCAUCCAACAUGAGGCACACGCUGCAGUGGGACAGAGAUGUGGGAACAGCAGCGGAGGUCACCUUCAGUGUAUCCUUCCACACAGACAGGCCAGACAGAGGAGAUCCAUGUUGCAGAGUGGUGCGUGGAUGUGAACAAGUGGUGGAGCCUCUGAUUUGUGACUUGAGUAAAGCCUUCUCUGAACCAGAUGAGACCUACAACAUAAGGGUCACAGCCCACCUCGGGUCUGACCGGUCUUUUACGCCCUUGUUCAACUUCUCUCCCAGCAGAGACACUAAACUGCAUCCUCCCAUCCUGCGGUUGACGCGCUGUGAGUCUUCUCUCUGCAUAGACAUGGAGGCUCCAAUCUCUGAUCCCUACUUCAUCUACGACUCCUUCAUGUAUGAGCUGAAGGUUCAGAUUGAUAGUCGAAGGCCCAUGUUGAAGCGCUUUAGAUCUCUCCAGCGCCACGUGGAGCCUGGGAUCACAGCUGGCUCCCAGUACUGCGUGUCCAUCCGCUUCGCUGAUCAAACAGUUCCCCGCACGUCUGAUUUCAGUUCCCCAGAGUGUGUGUACAUCCGCAGCCCAUUUCCCUCAGAGCACUCACUGGCUGCAUUGACUGGUCUUCUGGUGCUCCUGCUGCUGGUGGUCCUUGCUCUCAUUUACACAGGUUUCAUCUGCCUCAGACAAAAAGCUCUGCCCUCAGUGCUGACCUCAGUGCGUCACUUGGAGGAAAGCCUGAUCGUAUUCUUUCUUCCCCCUGUCUCCCCUCUGCGCAUCAGUAAACAACCAGCACCCUCCUAUGGACAGACAGAGUGCUACAGCUCGGACUCGGACAGCAGUGAAGAUGAGAGCCACUCUGGAGAUACACGGGUAGAUGCCAGUACAGAACCGUACACAAGUAAAGGCUCCCUCUGCUCUGCACUGUCUGCACGAAUCUCCACUGUCCCUCAUAGCAAGGAGGAGAGGAUGGAGAGAUCAGAGGAGGGAAGGACGAAUGAAGCAGAGGAGGUGAACCUUCUCACUUUAACAUUCAACAGAGACAUUGACGUGGAGCUUGACAGCGUAGUGGUUCUGUCUGAAAUGGAAUUGCCUGUGUGGGAUGUAGCAGAGGAGCAGCAUGAGCCAGAGGAGGGGUUUGGGGAAGAGUGCUGUGAAUCUGGUUACAUGACUCGAUGAUUCUAAUUUCUAUUUAUCAGAUUCUGUUUGUUACAGUCAGAAAUGAUCGACUCUCUUUUUCAAAAGACACGACAAAAACAAAACAUUUCACAUACUAUGUGCUGCUCACAUCUGACCCAUUUGAACUCCCACUUUCAACAAACAUCUGGAUAUUUUCAGCAUGGACUUAGACAGACUUUAUUGAUCCACAAGGGAAAUCAUUUGGACACAGUAGCCCACAUAUAACAAUAAUAUAAUAACAAAGAGCAAAACUCUAAAUGGUAAAAUAAAUUCUAACUAAUCAGCAAGAAAAGGUAGCAAGAGACAGAUGCCAAAUAAGACAUAAUUAUAUAAAUGUAAAUGUCCAAGUAAAAAUAAACUAGAAAGAUAAGUAAUGAAAUAUAAAAAUCACUGCUUUAUACAAAAGGUCAUAGGAAGACAGUGCAACAUUGAUAUGAUGAUUGUCAGGACAUAGGGUUAUCUUGGAAUCCAAAAUGCAUACUUCUUCAAUACCUUACAAAUGCCUACUUACAGGAAAAAAUCUAGGAAAAAAUAUCACAAGGGACUGAAAAACAUGGUGGAUUUAUGCUGAAUUAAUGAGCAAAGCACUGAACUCUGUUAAUGUGAGGUGAUUGAAAUGUCACUUGAGCUCCUUCGUUUCACGUGAGCUACUGAAAUAAACUAAUCUGAUGAUCAUGUUUGUUCUGAGACGUGCCAGGGCAUGGGACCACGCUGAUAUCAGUCUGUACAUAAAAUAAAGAAAUGUGUUGGGCUCACAGAGCUGCUGGUCACAUUUCAAAAUGCCUGCACAAUUUCAGUUAGGCCUGGUCACGUUAGGCCCUUAUGGGGUCAAUAUUUAUCAUGGUGACUUUUUCUCAUAACUUUUUUUUAUUUUUCUAUUCUACCGUUUUUUUGUUUUGUUUUGUUCUGUUUUGUUUUUUUAGAGCUCUUUGAGGAAUAUUGUGUCAGGGGUAUAAAUUUCAGAAUUAUCAUCUAUAAAUGUAUAUUGCAUUUCAAAAUGCGUCAUUGUGACAGGCCUAAUUUCAACACAGAAAUAUAAACAUACAAUGACAUUGCAAAACACCAAUAAAGUGUUCAUCAUGUUAAUCCUGUCUAAUCUUGUUAACCCUGUCCAGUCUGACGUGGAUUACUACAUUACAAUGUAAUGUGAAGGUAUUUGUUAUUUCUCCUACAUUAAAAUAACUGACAAAAAAGA